AUGGAACGCCAAUUCAAGAAGACUCAGAAUCCAAAAGCCGAAGAGAAGGGUGAAACAAACGACAUAGUUCUAACAUUAUACGAUUCAGCGAUUUCUUCAAGAGAAGCCCUUAAGUCCGUGUCACAAGCUCCACCGCUUGUGACAAGCAUGACGGUCAAUACCAAUAUUCUUUUUGAUGCGGAAACAGCACUUUUCUCUGACUUCACCUGA